AUGCACAGCUUCGCCUUUGAUGAGAUUUACUGGCAAGGGAUUGGCCCGCGGGGUUUUGGACCUACUCAGAAUAUUGAGGGAAUAUGGAAAGAGCAAUUGGGCAUAUUGGACGAGAAGGAAAGGGAUAAGAUGGAGCUACCAGUUGCUCGAAAGGUGCUGGAGAUGAAGACUGGGGCUUUGUCGUGGGAUCCAGAUGAGUACACUCUGGCAUUUCUCGAGAAAUUAAAAGGUCAAGAAAAGGCCAGAACCGAAGACAACCUGAUAGAGAACAAGGACAGGAAACCUGCUCAUGAUGGAAUCGAGUCAACCCUUUGA